AUGGUCGCCAAUGAUUUGAAGAGCUUACUCAACGCCGCCGUUCAGGAUCCCCACGACUUCCCGCCACCAGAUGUCGCACCCGGGUUGCGGCAGCUCGACGAAGCUCUACGCUGCGAAAUAUGUGGGGACCUAUAUGAUGCGCCAAUGCUAUUGAACUUAUCUUUCAUUGACCAGUGCCUCCGCGGCACGCUGACCGAGCAUCAGCAAUGUCCUAAGUGUAGACAGUCAGCGACUGAGGUGCAUAUGCGGAAGAACAUUGCUGUGGAAAACGCUGUCAAAGCAUGGUCGGCUGCACGAGCUCUGGUUCUGCAGCUUUCGAAGGAGGAGCAAGAUAGACAAAACGCUCCUCCAAAACGAACAGACAGGUCUGAACGUCCCCGGAAGAGACGGAAGACCGCGCAGUCCUCAGGACAAAGCUCGGAUAGUGAUGUCAAGAUCAUCUCCGGCCCCUCAUCCCCCGUAAAUGUGAAGGCAACCUCUUCAGUCGAGUGUCCAGUAUGUCGGAAGCAUGUACCAUUCGACGUCAUAAAUCAACACAUCGACAGCAAUUGUCGCAAAUUCUCCGCAGGCGAGCAGUCUUCGAGCAAAGAGAAACACAACCAGAAGCAACAAUGGUCAAAAGUCUUCGAUAAGGGAGGAGUCGCCUCUUCGACCAGACGGUCUAAAGAAAAAGAACGAGAUACGUCCAAGACACCAGAUGAGGGGUAUCUCCCGAAGGUCGCCUACCACACCCUGAAGGACAAGCGUAUUAAUGACCUCCUGAACGAGUACGAUUUGCCCACGAGUGGCGAUCGUGCGGCAGGCAUCCGGCGGCACGAGAAAUGGGUCGUGCUCUACAACGCAAAUAUCGACCGUACUCAUGACAGCCGCCGAACGCAUGAACAGCUCCGGCGGGAUUUGCGGCGGUGGGAGGCCACGCUCAAGCCCACAGCUGGCUCAGGAUCCAACUCAAUGUCUGGAUCUGGCUCGAAAAAGGCGGUGGCGGCAGAUACCACUGCAUACCAGGCAGCACACAAGGCGCAAUUCGCGCAGCUCGUCGAGGCCGCGAGACCGAAGAAAGCAGCGUCGAAGCCGCAGACAAACGAGAGUCCCGAUGAGAUAGGCGUAACACAAGAACAGAACGGGGAACCGCUUCAAGUGACUGACAGCGAACCGGUAGCUAUUGGCGACUCGGAUAGCGAGAGCUAA